AUGACCAAGAAGUACCAAAUCAGGAAAGCCUUUAAGACCUACAUUCCUGAGAAGGAGAACUGGAAAACUGUAAGUGAAACACCAGCCACUAAUGUUAUGCACUGGUACAGAGACGGCUCAGGAUACAAAGGCUGCUUUGGAGCAGGACUGUAUGAGCCAGGGAAAAACUACAAACGCAAUUGGUUCUUGGGAACAAUGGCUACAGUAUUCCAAGCGGAAGUUCUGGGAAUCAAAAAGUGCUCAGAGCUUCUGGUGUCCCGGAUGACAACCAAAAAACAUAUAUUCGUAUGGUCAGACAGUCAAGCCGCUAUAAAAGCUCUCCUUAACCCCAGUGCUGACUCUAAGUUGGGUUGGGAAACCAUGGAGAGCCUGCAGAAACUGGGGACCAACAAUACGGUAACCCUUUCCUGGAUCCUAGUUCACGAACACAUCCACGACAACGAAAUGGCGGUCGGGCUGGUGAAGCAAGGGGCAACCCAAGGGGAGUCCCCCAAAGCGUGGAAAUACAAGAUCUGCAGGAAAGCUAGGGCAAUUAUGCCUGACCCCAGCAAGAAAAGAUCGAAACACCUACUGGUCAUGGACAGGAAAAGUCUGGCCAUCAUGAUUACGCUGCUCACAGGACAUGACAGAUUUAAAGAACACUGCAGAGUCAUCGGCAUGGACUCUGAUGGGCGGUGCAGAUUCUACAAUGAAACAAAAGAAGAUAGUUUACACAUUCUGUGCGACUGUCCGGCAUUAGCAGCGACGAAACUACGUUGGUGGGGCACUGCUUUCCUCACCACUAGCCAAGUCACGAGCAAGGAGGCAACCGAUUUGUUGAGACUGGGAAAAAAGGCCGGGCUGCACAUAUAA